GCCUUCUUAUUGGCCCACUACACCUCUACCAUUCAGAUUUGUUAUUCCACUGAAAUCUUACUCUCUUUUUCUUUAUUUUUAUCCAUUUAAUUUUCUUCUGCGUCUUCCAUUCAAAUGAAAAUGAAAUCAAUUUAUAUAACCCUUUUUCCAGAUUCAAAAUACUCCAAAGAAAAAGAAAAAGAAAAAGAAAAUUAGAUUUCUGUUAUUUUUUAAAUUGGUAAAAGAAUUUAUGCUGUCUUGGAGUACCUAUCUUCUUAUUUGUUAUUAAAAAAUAUCUAAAAUAUCUGUUUUUUUUAUUAAAAAAAAAUACAACGGAAGUAGGAUGAGUUUCUUAAUAUUGUUUUAUGAUAUGUUAUUAUUUAUAUCUAUUUUAAUAAUUUACUUUUGAUAUUAAAGAAUCUGAAACGAAUUAUGAAUUGAUAUUUUUGGUUAAAUUUUCCAUAUUUGUAUGAGUAAAGCAUUUUAUUGGGUUUGAGAGUUUAGCCAAUAAAAACCCUAACAAGCAAAAAGAUGACGCAGUAAUUUAAAGAAGAAAAAGAAAAGCAGUAAGUAAUGGAUCCAUCAUCUAACAGCUUUUAUCUCAUAAGUCUCCUCUUUCACUACGUUUGCGCUCUAAUCUGAUCAACAGACUCAACUUCCCAAAAGCAAAAACCACUCCUUUUAAAUUUUCUUUUUCUUUUUAGGUUUCCGAUCAUCAUCUUCUUCUUUUAUCAAGAAAAUGCAGCAUCACUGUUAUAAUAAUAAUGGCGUACCAGAUAUCCACAAUCACCAACAGCACGACCACCACCACCACCAUCAUCAUCGUCACCAAGAAUUGAUAGAAAAUGAUGAAUGUUUCUCCAUUUCUAAUCCGCUUCAAAAUCUAACCCAUCCCGAUUAUCAAUUGAGCUCACAACAAAAUAAGCAGCAGCAACAACAACAGUUAUUAUUGCAACAUCAACAUCAGGUGCAGCAUCAGCAUUCUAUUCCCAUAACUCAUCAACUGCUUCAGCCCCAUUUUAGACCGGCAUUUCAACAGCAGCAGCAGGAAGUAGAGGGAUUACUUCAUUCACAAAUAGUGGCCACACGGCAACACCAACCAUUUUUUCUGAAAUUCAAAUUGGGUCUCGAGCAAACUAGUAGCAGCAAUAAAGAGUGUGCUUUAAAUCAUCAUAACUCUACACCACAUGUCCCAGUAAUAAUGCAGCCGCCUCAUCAUUCUUGGAAAGAUUCUACCUCCUCUAUCAGAGAACCCUUUUGGAAACAGCUUAAUACAAGUAACAUUAAACAACAGUUUGAAAAUGGAGAGCAAGAAGCAGUUCAAGGAAACAACAAAAAUAAUAAGGAUCUAGAAAACAAAUAUAGUCACUUUGGUGGUGAGCUUGAAGCAAUCUACAAUCUUGCAAAAGUUGCUGAAACUAAUCAAACAGGUUCUGGGUCUGCUCUCACCAGCGAAAACUCACCGAAAACUGCUAAUAUCUCCAUGCCAUUUAGUGCAGUGCCAGGCCAAAAUGCUGGUGUUAUUGGUGCAGAUAAUGCUGGGACUGGGGUUGAUCAUGGUUCAGAGAACUCUAUUGGAGAGGAAGCUUCACUUAGGAAGAGUCAAAAGAGGAUGAGAAAGAGGAAAAUGAAGGAGAACUUGAGCUCAAUGGCCCGUUUUUUUGAGAAUUUGGUGAAACAAGUGAUUGAUCAUCAAGAAAUGUUGCACAGAAAGUUCUUGGAAGUGAUAGAUAAAAUGGAUAAAGAGAGAACAGAAAGAGAAGAAGCAUGGAGGAAACAAGAAGCCGCUAAGUAUAAUAGAGAAGCCAUUUCUAGAGCACAUGAACAGGCCUUAGCUUCAAGCAGAGAAGCCCAAAUCGUUUCUUGCAUAGAAAAAAUUACAGGCCACAGUAUUGAUCUUCCCGCUAGAAAGACUCCAUUGUUGUGUCAACAAGAAAUCUCAAAAGAACUCACUAAAGAAUUGACACCUACAGAUACAAAUAUAAAUAACAGAUGGCCUAAAGCUGAAGUUGAGGCCUUGAUCCAAGUAAGGACCAACAUAGAAACAAAGUUUCAAGAGCCUGGCUUGAAGGGACCUCUUUGGGAAGAGGUAAGUUCUAUAAUGAGUUCAAUGGGCUAUCAACGAUGUGCAAAGAGGUGCAAAGAGAAAUGGGAGAAUAUUAACAAGUACUUUAGAAAAGCCAAAGAAAGUACUAAAAAGAGGUCUCAACAGUCCAAGACAUGCUCUUAUUUUAAUCAGUUGAAUCAGAUUUACUCGAGAACAUUAACUGAUUCUCCUUCUGUUAAAACUUGUUCAAUGCCUCCUCUUAGCAGCAAUGAUGGUGUCGAAAAGCAUCAAGGUUAUUCAGACCUUUUAGAAGCCUUCAUUUCAGGGAGAGACAUUACUACCUCAACAAGUCCCUCCAGUAAGAAAAUGAGAAUUGAUGAAAUGGGUACUUCAAUAUUGGAAAUGGAUGCCGCUGCUAAUGAAAAAGGAGAGCAAGGAAGCCAUGAUCAGGAGAAAGACGACCAUGAAGAUGAUUAUGAGAUGGAUACUGAUGAGGAUCAAGGUAGCAGUAGUCAGGAUGAAUAGAAGUGGUACAUUAGAUUUUCAUUGAAAGUGAGUUUUUUUUUGUUUUUUUCUUUGGUGCAGAUUCUUAAAUGAGUUAAGAGGCAAACGCUAUUCAAUUUAAUUUCUGCUAUUCAUUUGAUUUUCGAGUUACUAGUUCUUUUUUUUCUUGGAAUAACUGAUUAUUCAGCUGACAAUAUUUGAUUAUCAUUCCUUGUAAAAUAGAGAGAAAGAUUAAAGUAGAUGAGCAAUAGAAAAUAUUGGUCAAAUUCUUGGUGUAAUUUCCUUUUUCUCUUAUUAAAUUCUUGAUCAAAUUAUAGUUACUUCAACACACACAGACUCCAAUUCUUGCUGUAUGUGAAUUACAGUCUUACAACGUUGGGGGGUUCAUAAUGGAUUAUACCGCAGAGAAAGAAAGUUCUCCAACACACUUUGUGCGUCAAAUUGAACUGAAACGGUAUGGUUAAUAGUGAGGAUGGCAAGAUGAAGGUCCAGUAAAAUGACUAUUUACUUUUGGAGUCUCUAAUUAGCAGGAUUUAAUCCUAAUAAGUUUUCAGUGAAAAAACAUUGAAGGCAUUAUCGAUUAGGUGGUUAAGCGUGCAAAGCUUCACUCGUU